ACAAACUGCAAAAAUUCUGUUUAAAUCAGAAUCAGGUUUAAUACCACUGACAUAUGUCAUUAAUUUUCUUUUUGAUUUGCUGCAGCAUUACAGUGCAAUGCAUAAAAUACUAUAAAUUACAAUAAGAAAUAUGUUUUAAAAAUUCAAUUAACUGAUUAGUGUUAAAAUAGAGCAGAAACAGAGUGGUAGUGUUCAUGGUUUGUUCGUUCAGAGAUCUGAUGGCCUUGGGGUAGAUCCAUAGCCUGAACGUUGAGUGUGUGUCUUCAGGCUUUUGUACCUCCUCACUGAUGGUGGUAAUGAGAAGAGGGCAUGUCCUGGAUGGUGAGGGUCUUCAAAGAUCCGUGCCGCCGUCUUGAUGUACCACCUCUUGAAGAUGUCCUUUUAAUAGAUUUGGCUAAAUCUACAACCUUCUGCAAGCUCUUGUGAUCUUGUGCAUUGGAGCCUUCGUAUAGGCAUUGUCUUCAACCGGAACCACCCAAUCAACUUAACGUCACCAGGGGGGGAUAAAACACCUUCUGAAUUUAUUGUAUUUUUACAGACAGGGUUACCCCGGUUUUACGCAAUGCCUGUCCCCACCCCAUUUAGAUGGGGCGUUGGCUGGUCGAGCAGAGUUUUCAAGGAUCGCUGAAGUUUAGAAGACGGCAAAUGAAUUAUUUGUUCGCGUUUUGUUUUUGUUCGCUGUUAAGGCUGGGCAGCGCUGGAGCUAAAACGAUGCAAGUUCAGGGUGCCCUUGGUUCGAAUGUUUUGUUGGAGUCUGGAAACAGUGCUGAUCUCCACGGUCGUGAAGUUGUGUGGGAGUUCACCAGCAGCAAUGGAACCGAGUUCACCAUUUUGGAUGUUGGACCAAACCACCCAGAAGUGAAACCAAACAAACAUUUUAAAGAUUUGAUUUUUAAUCUGUCCACUGGAGAUUUAUUAUUAAGCAAUUUAAAGACAAGUGACCAGGGAAAUUAUACUGUCAGCAUUGAUGGUCAGGAGCGGAGAAAAAUAGAAUUGCGAAUCUUUGAGAUGAAGCAAGUUGAGGGUGCCCUUGGUUCAAAUGUUUCGUUGGAGUCUGGAAGCAGUGCCAAUCUCCAUGGUCGUGAAGUUGUGUGGAAGUUCACUAGCAACAAUGGAACUGAGUUCACCAUUUUGGAUGUUGGACCAAACCACCCAGAAGUGAAACCAAACAAAUAUUUUGAAGAUCGUUUGAUUUUUAAUCUGUCCACUGGAGAUUUAUUAUUAAGCAAUUUAAAGACAAGUGACCAGGGAAAUUAUACUAUCAGCGUUAAUGGUCGAAAGCUGAGGAAAAUAGAUUUGCGAAUCUUUGAGAUGAAGCGAGUUCAGGGUGUACUUGGUGAAAAUGUUUUGUUGGAGUCUGGAAACAGUGCUGAUCUCCACGGUCAUGAAGUUGUGUGGAAGUUCACUAGCAACAAUGGAACCGAGUUCACCAUUUUGGAUGUUGGACCAAACCACCCAGAAGAGAAACCAAACAAAUAUUUUAAAGAUCGUUUAAAUUUUAAUCUGUCCACUGGAGAUUUAUUAUUAAGCAAUUUAAAGACAAGUGACCAGGGAAAUUAUACUAUCAGCGUUAAUGGUCUGAAGCUGAGAAAAAUAGAUUUGCGAAUCUUUGGCCCUUCCGCUGAUGACAUUCCGAUGAUUGUUCUGUCGAUCUCAGCCCUGGUGUUUUCUUCAGUUUAUCUUAUUGCAGUUUUUCCUCUGAACAUCUGGAAGUGUAAAUCAAACAGAGAAUUACCAAAGUACAAAUGGUGGAAGUAUGUCCUGUAUCUAUGUAACAUCCUGCAACUUCCUGUCAUCCUCGCUGCGUUCAGUUGCUCGAUUCAUUUUAAAGAUUCUUGUUUACUAAAUGUGGCUACAGCAUGCAUUGCAGUUCUAUUGUUUACUUUGCCUGUACCAUUUAUCACUCAAGUACCUAAAUGCCGGCGAAUUCGCAGAUUCAGCACCAGUAUCGUUAUUUCAGUUACUCAGCUUGCACUGCACGUCAUCGUGGUUGGCACCUCAAUUGCUUUCUUCAUCAAAGACAUCCAUCAGGAAAAACAAAGAUAUACCUUCCACACUUGGAAUGUGCUCAUCGCCUCAGUGGUCGAAUGUACAGUCAGCUUCAUCGUGGCCUCAAUGUUCCAUUACUCUUUGCACAGCCGGAUUUGCCUUUGGGUCCGGAAAGGGUACAGCUGGAUGACUGGCAGAAAUAAAAGCAACACUAAUGAAAAAGGACCGCAGAAUGCUGAAGAACUGCAGAGUUUCACAACCUUUCCCACAGAAGAUGCUGGAUAUGUACAUUCCGAUUAGAAAGGGCUGAACAGUCUGCUUUUGGAUGCCAUUGCCUUGGAAAAACACUAUCUGGUGUGACCGAACAUUUCGAUCCUAUCGCUCCCAACUCAGGACUUGGGCUUCCGAAAAAGCAACACGGCAUAAUUUCCAGUCUGUUGGCUCCUGACUGGGAAUGUUAAUCUCUGACAAUCUGGCAGAGAUUUUAUCAGCAGCAGAAACUUUAUUGCAGGUUCUUUGUGGGAAGAGGCACAGAAGGACUCCCCCAGCAGUCAGCCCUGUAAGGAGAGAGUUAAAUUUGCUGUUAAAGUACAAUGAGAGUCCAUGAACACACAUCCAUCUGUUCCUCCCCGCCCCAAAGUGCUACACCUGCCCACUCACCACCUCCUUCACCUCCAUUCAGGCUUCCAAACAGCCCUCCCAGGUGAUGCAACACUUCACCUACAAAUCUGCUGCGGCCCAAAACGUCAAUUAUUUAUUCAAGUACAUAGGUGCUGUUUCCUGGCCUGCUGAGUUCCAUUUGUGUGUGUGUGUGUGUGUGUGUGUGUGUGUGUUGCAUGAGAGGCUGUUGGAUCAGUAGUUGGCCACUGGGAUUGUACAGAUCAAUGUAUUAAGUGGAUGAUGAGUAUUAUUCUGCUUUUCUUUGUACCACUAAGUUAUUAAUCGAUUGUCUUCCUUUUGUAUUAUAAGCUUUAUAUGACUGUAGUAAAGCAAUUUCUCUUGCCCUUUAACACGUGUACGCUGCUUGCUUUGUUUGCAAAUAUAUUUUUGAAUGCCCUUGCUGAUCAGGAAAGAACAGAAAACAAAUUUUAAAAUAUUUUCAUUACAAGAACUGUUCUUUUCUCUCCUUUUUUUAAUCUUUUGAACGUUUCUUUUUCAAAAACAUAUACUUUAUACAUAUUUUUUAUACUGUCAAUAGAAUUGAGACAUUUUUAACUAUCAGUUUAAAUAGAGAAAACUUUUUCUCACAAAACAUCAACACCACUUAUGUUCCCUCCAGCUGUGAAGUGUUUGGCAAGCUGUUCCACAGGACACAGUGCCUCCGUGUUCAGUGGUACCAGGACCUUAAACAGGCUCUUUCCAUACACUCCUUCUAAUAGCUGAUUUCAGUUUUUGUGCAAUUUGUAUCUCAAAAAAAUAAAUCAAAAACUGUAAAGAAUUAAAUAAAAUAUAACUAUUUAUUUACCCCGAAGGAAAUUAUUGUUGCAGGGU